CUCCGCAGCCGGGCGGGACGAGGCCGCGGGCCCGCUUACCAGCUCCUCGCCCCGCUACCGGGGGCCGCGCGAGCCCCGGUCGCCCCGCGGGCAGCGACCGAGACACGGCUCCCCCACCCCUGGCGAGCCGGCCCCGGCGCCCCGCGGCCCCGCCCCCAGCGCCCCGCGGCUCCGCCCCACUCCGGGCCACGGCUUCGCCGAGCUCCGUGCGAAUGCGCGACGCGAGGCGGCUUCAGCAGCCGUGCCUGUCCCUCCUCGGGAGCCGUAGCGCGCGGAGGCCGUCGGCAUGUUCCGCAUCGAGGGCUUGGGGCCCAAGAUGGAUCCGGAGGAGCUGAAGCGGAAGAUGCGCCGCGACGUCCUCACCUCUGUCCGCAACUUCCUCAUCUACGUCGCGCUGUUGCGGAUCACUCCUUUUAUCCUGAAGAAGCUGGACAGUAUAUGAACACUUAAGAAGACUCAGUAUAUUAAAACAUAAAAUGGACUGUCGCUGCUUUCCUCUGUUUUGUUAAAUAAAUAUCGUGCCUGAGGCAACAUACGAUACUAAAUAGUUUAAAAAUGUUUCACUUAAACAUAUCUGACCUGAGAAUUGUGGCCUAGUUGGGGUCACAGGGAAGACAUCUGUUGUCCCUGCAGGUGAAUUUUGGUAACAAUACUCCCUGGUAUCACCAAGCAAUCACUUGUGAUGGAACAUUUCUUGUACUGUUUAAAAAAAGGUCCAUCUCCAUUUUGUACAAAAUGUGAAGUGCUAGCAAGUUGCUUUGUUACGCAGCUACCUCUAAACUGGCACAUGCUAUGGCUAUCAACCUUGCUGAACUUGUCUGUAUAAAAAUGAAGUGUUUAAUGAACCCAGCUCACAAAAAGUUUGAUUUUUAAAUAAAUGGAAUAGCAGUCA